CGACAUCCCUAUAACCCAUAUUGGGAGCAGGGAUGGGAUGAGGAGGAGGAGGAGGAGGGGGAGGACAAUGAUGAGGAGGAGCAGGACGAUGCUGAUGAGAAGGAGGAGGACGAUGAUGAGGGGGAGGAGGGAGGAGUAUCACCUCACAGCUCCUAACAACUGGUUAGGAAGCAAGUUAGUCCUCCUGAAUGGCUCUCCUCUCAAACUGUCCUUUGGUGAUGAUGAGCUCCCGCCGUUGACUCCGAGGACGGUGGAUGGAUCGACCGCACUCGAAGUCGCGCCGCAUUCCUACGCCUUCGUUGUGCUGACGGGCGUCAAUGCCCCAGCGUGCCACGUGGCACGUUCUCAUUUCUUUUUUCCCCGCCAAACUCCUGCGCAAAGAAGGGGAACGCCACGUGGCACCUCUGAAACCACUCACCCGCCAAAUUUUUUACUUUUUUCCUCGCCCAACUCCCACACAUAGCAGGGGAACGCCAAGUGGCACGUUCUCAAACCCCUCACCCGCCAAACUUCCGCACAAAGAAGGACAACGUGCCACGUGGCAUAGCUGAGCCACCUGCCGACUUCUCAAGCUAGCCCUCCAAGAAGGAGAACGUGCCACGUGCGCAGAAAUGCCGCACAAUAAAGGAGAACGUGCCGCGUGCGCAGAAAUGCCGCAGCGUGUCAAGAACGGAACCAACUGUAGGGCAGUGCCACCGAGCAUGGUGGAGCCACGUGGCAUGGUUGAGCCACGUGGCGCAGACGGCAGGCCGUGUGUCUUGCUCGCUGCACACGGUAUUGGCAGCAGGGGGGGGGGAGGGCACGAGCAGUACCUACGGACACCUACGCUAUGCAUUUACUAAACUUCAACACACACACACACACCCAUAACCAACUGCCCAGGUUCAUGCUCCCAAAGCUCGCUGCCUGUUCCUCGACAGUCCAUAAAGUCUUCAGAAACUCGUCCAGGUUCAUGCUCCCGAAGCUCUCUCCCGGAUCAUUGAUCGCGUU